UGAGUUUGUACACACCUUAGUGAUCAAUGCCCUGCAAUGAGCAAGUAUGUGUUCCGUGUGUGCCUAGUGACGCUGCUCGGAUUGGGCGGCUUCCAACACGUGCGCGAACUUGAGUUACCUGCGUUCACGGGCCUCUGGCUGCCGGAAGAAAGAUGUCGAACCUCUUUGAGGGCCGGACCCACUCCCUACACGCCAGAUGAGUACUGGACCCGGAGAGCGCGGGAGGAAGGCGUGCCAGCGAGAGCAUACUACAAGCUAGAGGAACUCGACAGGAGGUUAAGUCUUUUUCGACCUGGCCACAAAGUUCUGGAUUUGGGAUGCUGGCCAGGAUCAUGGACACUGUAUGCUGCGCGGAAAAUUGGUGCCAAAGGACGAGUCCUUGGAAUCGACCUGAAGGAAGUUGACUUUCCACUGCCAAAAAACGCCCAGACCCGUGUGGAGGAUGCUCGUCACUUUCGAGGUGCAAAUGUUCCCAUGCUGGAUGUCAUCAUUAGCGAUAUGGCACCAAAGACCAUAGGACAGCGAGGCGCUGAUCAGGGCCGCUCGACAGAGCUGGUGGAAACGGUGUUGAGCAUUGCUGACUUCAAGUUGAAGGAGGGAGGCAAGAUGGUCGCAAAGCACUUUGAAGGAGCUGAAACUAUGGAGCUGAAACACAGAAUGAGGUCGCGUUUUGAGAAAUGUCGCAUCAUCAAGACACAGGCAUCCAGAACGCAGUCGUUUGAGCUGUACCUGUGCUGCAUAGGCAAGAAGCCCAGCAAUCUACAGGCUCCAGCGACUUGGCAAGCUCCUCGCCGGAGCCGCAGGACUCAACGGCCAGCGCCGCAGUCGUUUAACGGCUGGUAGGCUCCGUGCAAAAAUGCCAAGCUUGCGCUUCAGACAGUGGCAAGUGUCCCGCCUGCAGCACUGGGCAGUGGGUGGAGCAGACUCAAGCCAGCCUGCC